AGGUUGUUGAUCACUAACCAAAGAAUUCAAUCUUCUCGAAUUUGAGAAAUAACACCGUUUGGUUGCUAUAGUCGGACGACCAACUGUUCCAAAAGCUCAAGUUGUUUGGAAAUAGGCCUAGCAACAUAUAUCCAGCUAGCCAAUAUCCUCCCUAACUGACAACCCUGAUUUGUUCAUGGUAAUGCAGAAAUUCAUACAUAGAAAAGAGGAGUAAUGUCAACCAAGAAUAAGUGAAGCAUAAAGAAGAUGGGUAUCAAAGUAGACACAAACAUGAACGAAAGACCUCACAGAAAUGGAAGCCUUGAUACCAUGUUAGAUUGCCAGUUAUGUCACAUGGACACCCAGAUGGGUUUCGGGCGCGGGUAGGUUCAUCUGUUUUCCAUCUCAUUCCAUCUUAAGGGCACGAGGCACAACAAAAUACAUUCCCAAGUCUCCCUUCAUUUGAGACAUCUGUAUGUAGGAAAGUAAUACAUAAGUGCAUAUAGGUCUUUUGAAGCUGACACUUUUAAUAACUUGAUUUUGUAUUCUCAUAGCUUCUCAUAGUCUGGGCUUUGAUUUGUUGGAGCCCAUGAUUUUUCAUGCAAAGAACAGAUACAAGCAAAACUUCCAGGUCUCUUAGCUCAUUAAUGGACUGAACUAGGUCAUUAGACAAUAUUGCAUGCAUUGGUCGGUUUCUUAGGGAUAUAAAUAUCACCUCGAGGGCCAAUGGCUUGUUUGGGAUCCUUGACUUAUUAGCUUUUUGGAUUUUAAGCCCCCUAAACAAAAGCUGGAUUGUUAGGUCUAGGCUCUUAAGGCAAGUAAUUUGUUUAGCUGGCCUUUUCUGGAGAAGGGCAGGUUACAAAAAUGCCCUCAUUUUUACGGAGCUUAGUAGCUUACUUUUAGAAAAUGAAGUGACGAACAGAAUGUUUAAUGGAAAAAUUAACAAUUCAGUACAAAAUUGGAAAUGAUGUUGAAAAGUACAAAUGACAUAGAAUGCUGGCAGUUGCUAUGUUGAUACUGACGAGUUCUAAGCAAACGGUACAGGGGUUUUCAAGAUGGCUUGCAGAAAAAAUGUUUUCUAGCUUUGUCUUGUGUCUCCGUAACAAAUGGUCCAUUUAUUGAUGGGCGAACAACGGGGAUUGAACCCGCGCGUGGUGGAUUCACAAUCGUCUUCAAGAAUCUUCCAAGAGUGAGAUUCAAAAAGACCUGGGAAUCCAUCCAUCUCUCGUCAGGGCGUUCGCUCACAAGAACUGGCGUACCAUUGAAAUGGUGUGGGAGGUAGCCCUCUAAGCAGGUUCUAUUUUAACCGCAUCAUGGAUUUACUCUCGUUAUGGCGUGUCAACCUGGGAGAGAUUUUCAGCAUCAAUCAGUGAUCAUCGCCUCAAACGCUGGUGGGCAGGAUAUUCUGCUGUAGAUGCCAUGGAUAGAGAAAAGGAGACUGGAAAUACGGGCCUGAAAGGAAAUGAGAGUACAUCAGUUGAGAUAAAGGUUUUGUUCUUUGCUCGGGCCAGAGAUCUAACUGGCUUGACGGAAUUACCACUGGAGGUUUCAUCAGGUAGUACUGCCCGUGAUUGCUUGAAUAAGCUUAUUGCUAAGUUUCCAGGCCUGGAAGAUAUCCGUGCAUGCAUGGUCCUCGCUCUGAAUGAGGAAUACACACCCGAGUCCGCAAUUGUCAAGGAUAGGGAUGAAUUGGCCAUUAUACCCCCGAUCAGUGGCGGCUGAAUGUUUGUUUAUGCAGACACUUAGGAACCUUGUAUUCGAGGAAUGCUUACAAAGUAAAAUAACCACACACCCCCCCCCCCCCCCCCCCCCCCCCCCUCCCCCCCCUUAAUUAAAGGCUUUUGAGUGUAUAAUUAUAUUCCUUUGAGGCCAGCUUUUGAUGGAGGGUCUUUUUGCAAUCUACGUAGAUACAAGGCAUUUACAUUUACCGUGAUUUUGUAGUCUGGCUUCGUGUUUUCGGAAGGCAUUGAUUGAUGUCUUUGGUAGCUUUGUGAAAAACCAUUUUAUAUCAAUCUUGGUUUCAUGUUUGAA